CCCUGCGGCGCGCAGAACGUCUCGGCGCCGAGGGAGGCUCCUCGUCUUCCAGCGGCCGUGCGCAUCUAGGCGGAGCCAUCAUGGAAGUGAAGGAUGCAAACUCUGCACUGCUCAGUAACUAUGAGGUGUACCAGUUACUGACUGAUCUGAAGGAGCAGCGUAAAGAAAGUGGAAAGAACAAACACAGUUCCGGGCAACAGAACCUGAACACUAUCACCUAUGAAACAUUAAAAUACAUAUCAAAAACUCCAUGUAGAUACCAGAGUCCCGAGAUUGUGAGAGAAUUCCUCACAGCAAUGAAGAGCCACAAGCUGACCAAAGCUGAAAAACUUCAGCUGCUGAAUCACAGGCCUAUGACUGCUGUGGAGAUCCAGCUGAUGGUGGAAGAGAGUGAAGAACGGCUCACUGAGGAGCAGAUCGAAGCCCUUCUCCAUACUGUCAUGAGCAUCCUGCCCGAAGGGCCAGAGGCUGAGCAGAAGAAAAUUGCCAGUGACGACGUGGUAAUGGAUGAGGAGGACCCAGCAUAGAAGAGUGCAGCUGGCCUUGGUGUUUCUUGAUGUUGAAAGGCCCAGAGACCAUUUAUUUCCUGGAUGUUCAGAGGAUUUUUUUUUUUUAAAUUCACCCUCUCUCCCAACAGGCCUGAUUUCAUGGUUGGUUGGGAAAAUCAUAAAAAUAAGCUGAAAAGAAACGUUUGUGUUUCAAGGGAGAAACAUGGUGGAGGUAAGCUAAGGUUGUGAGGGCAGAGCUGAGGACGCUGACUGCACCCGUGGGUAGAAAUGCUUCUGUGGCCUUUGCCACACUUGUGGGAGACGUGUGUUCUCAGACGGUGAAGUACUCUUACCGCUUUGAUGGGCUGGAUUGUAAUUCAUUUCAUCUGCUUCCCAAGCAGGAAGGAGCUCAGUGCUGAAUGGUGAGAAACUACUUAGAUCCUUAAACUCCCAGAGCAGUGCUGCUCUGGGUUAACUGAGCCUCUGAACUUGGCUCACAUUACAGGAAUUUCCUCAACAGCAACAGCCCAGAUGAGAAAUGGAGAUAAGACAAGCAUGGGCCUGGCCAGUUGGCCUGGAUGUGCCAGGGCUCCUUUACUUGGCUGGCUGUGCUUGCUAGCUUUCUAAUUCCUCUUAAGUGCUAGAGGCCUGUGCCUUCCAGUUCAAAAGAGGCCUAGACUUAAUGACAGUGGCCAUGGCAUGCAGGGUUGCUUUCAGACCACACUCAACGUCCUGUCCCAAGACAGGACUGUAGUUCCUGUGAGACCAGAUGAGCUUCCAAUGUAUAACAGGCCCUUUAAAGGGAGUACAAAGGACAGAGCUCUUUCAUGAACAGAACAUAUAAAAACUAUGUAUUGAUUAAUAAAAAUUUGAAUCUACA